CAGAAGGAGAUUGAGGGCUGGGUUGGGUUGGACAUAUUCAGCUGGUAAAAGUUUUCGUGCGCUUUUCUCUGGGCGUAAUUUGGACAGCGCGCACGGGGAGCGCUAAUUAAUCAUCGAAAAACGUUAGUAAUGUUCGACUAAACACUUAAACAAGGACACGUUCGCUAAAUGCAAACUAAUCGCCAGUGUGUUUAUGUUUUCAGUCUGUAGCCAUGAUGACUCCAAACUAGCUACCGGGCUAAACGCUCCGAAAUGGACUCGGUUUUGAGUGUCAGUGCGAAUCUAGAUCUGGAUUUCAGGAUGAAGCCGAAGUCUAAUCGGUCCAGAAUCGAAUCGGAUUAACGAUGCUCUCUAGAAAGAAGAGUAAAAACGAAGCGUCCAAGCCAGCAGAAGUUCAGGGCAAAUAUGUGAAGAAAGAAACGUCCCCGCUUCUGAGAAAUUUGAUGCCCUCGUUUAUCCGGCAUCCAACGUUUCUUCGCCGUGAGCCCCCGUUAGUGGAGCCAGUUCCGGCCGGGGUGUCUGGUGCAGGUCCAUAUUCCUCUGGAUCUGUUGGGGAUGUUAGCGUCCCCAAGAGUUUCUUGCGCAACGCCCCUCCACGGACCCCCCUUGAGGUGUCACGCAGGGAGAGUCAUCGGCUGUCUGCUCCACCACACCUUCAUUGUGAUUACUCCCCUUCCUCGCCAUCUUACAUGAGCGAUGCUGGUUCGGUAACAGAGAAUGGAGACGGCGGCCCGUUUUACUACCCUCCAGAGCCGUACUGCAAUAACCAACCCAGGCGAGCACGCAGACCAGACCACUUUAAUGAGAACUACAGGUACUAUGAGCACAAUGAACUCAGCUACCCACGAAACCCAGGACAGCCUCAGACGCCCCAGCCUCACAGUCGCCCACCCCCAGCGAUCGGCCGUGUGCCAGCAAAGUCGGUGGGUAAUCUGACGACCAUGAGCGGGGAGGAGGCGGCUCUUCCUCCUGGCUGGACUGUUGAUUGGACGAUUCGAGGCAGGAGGUAUUACAUCGAUCACAACACAAACACCACUCAUUGGAGCCAUCCGCUGGAGAGGGAGGGGCUUCCGCCGGGCUGGGAGAGGGUGGAGUCAGCUGAGUUUGGAGUGUAUUAUGUUGACCACAUCAACAAACGUGCCCAGUACAGACACCCCUGCGCACCCAGUGUUCCACGUUACGAUCAGCCCCCUCCCCCGCCAGUCACCUACCAGCCCCGCCCACCAGAACGCAACCAGCCGGUACUGGUACCAGCAAACCCGUACCACACAGCCGAGAUCCCAGACUGGCUGCAGGUGUAUGCCAGAGCCCCGCUGAAGUAUGACCACAUCCUGAAGUGGGAACUCUUCCAGUUGAUGGAUCUGGACACGUAUCAGGGGAUGCUAAAGCUGCUCUUCAUGAAGGAACUGGAGUGCAUUGUUAAAUCCUAUGAGGCGUAUCGACAAGCGCUGCUCACCGAACUCGACACACGCAAACAGCGGCAGCAGUGGUAUGCCCAACAACCAGCCAAAAACUUCCCUCCUAACAUGUGACUCAUAUGAGACACACCCAAACUCCAGCCUUAUCAGUGCCUUAGCUGCUGAUGCAGACUCUCAUUUACUCCCUCAAACAGCUCCAAAUAUAAGCCCAAAGAGAGACACCACACAAAGUCUGUUGGGAACUUUACACUAUUACUCCUAUAUAUCCUUAUCAGCCAUUAUACGGCUGUGUGUGUUCUGAGUCUAUGCUUGGUUUUGACUGUGUUGUGAAUGUGUUUGCACAUGUUGAGAGUGUGUUUCUUUGUGCAUGUCAGGACUGUGAGGACUCACUCCUUCUGCAUUUUCUUUUUGGACAAUCACAACUAUCAGUUAUCAAUGGUUUAUUGUUUAAUCCGACUUUUAUUUUCAGUUAUAGUUUUGCUUUUAGGGUGAAUCUCAUUAAAAAACUCAUCCAGGUCACAUUUUACCUCAAAAAAAAAGAAAGAAAGAAAGAAAAUGAAGCUGAAUUUAGGGUUAUUUAAAUCAGCAUGAAUGAACGGUUUUACAUCAAAUACCAUCAUGAUGUAUACUUUGCAAUUUAAAUAAAUUAUAAAAAUCGCUAGUUUUUUGCAUUACAGUAAUGAGUUUUUUUUAUAUUGAAAAUAAUGCAAUAAUCUUCAUGGUGCUUCAUUUUCUUCAAGUAAAAUGUAUAUUUUUGUUUCUUGUGUUUUGCUUUGUUUUUUGGGAGGGUGAAAUAUGACUUGGACAUUUCUUUGAGGUUCAUCCUAUAAGGUUUAGGUGGAUUCCUUUUUUAAGGAAUUUGCUUCUUAUAUUUAAAGAUGAAACUUUCAGGCAGAGUCGUCACUUUGUAUGAAGUGAUUGAGCUUGUGGCAUUCAUUUUUUUCAAGAGGUUAUUGCCUGUAUUUUUGUAAAAGCUAUUUUGAGCAUCAACACUAAAUAAACCAGGACCUUGUAUUGUGAGUGUGUGAGAUGUUCAUGAAGUUUGUCUUUCCAAUUCAGGUUGCAAAUACUUUUCUCUACUUCACAGUGAUUUUUUGCCAUUAUCCAUAUUAAACUUUGUUUGUACUUCAUAUUAUAUAUAAGUAGAACAGAAUACUAUACAAGUAUGUUUGUUUUAAUCCUUGAAUAUUUCUUUUUCUUGCCAAUCAAAAAGAUUUUUUGCAGCUUUCAAGUAAGAAUUCAUUGAAAGCUGCUCUUCUAUUCAUAUCUCAAGAGGACACCAAAGCCACUUAAUGGAAAACAAAUGCAAAAUUCAACAAUUUGGAAACAAAGUGCUACCGUUCAAAAAGCCAAUCCUCAGUAGCAUCACAAAGGUAUCAUCUGGAGCCUCAAUUCCUGAAUUCCAUGGAUUUUAUUCUAGAUUAUAUGUGUGGGGGAAAAAAUCGGGAUUCAUAAAGGUAAAAACUGAUGUGACAAAUAUAUUUUGCAUUCUAACUUUUUGUGCUCAUACCAGUCAUUUUUUUUCAUUAGCUCAUACAAGGUUAAAAUGUGUUAAUCUAUGCUUGUGAUCAAUCAUGUGUGACCAUAAAGACCAGGGGCCCCAUUAAUAAACAUGUAGAAUGAUCCUUAAUAUGAAUGUACAACAGUUUCCAGAAAGUUCCUAUGAUUAUAAAUUGUCUGUAUGCACAAAAA